GCUGGUGUUGCUGUUCUGUCUGUCUGGGGCAUGGGCUCAGGAGGAGAGUGGUGGGGUCAGAGAGAAUGACAUCACUCAACAGGGACACAGUGCAGGGAGAGAGAGCAGGAUGAGAGGGGUUCAGAUGGAGAGCCAAAUGACUGACGCUUCAGAGAGAACCAACAAACAGACGACCACCUUACCUGACAUCUGGACUGAGAUGAAGGAGCUGAGAGACAUGGUGCACAACCUGGGAACCAUCGUGGUGGAGCAGAGAGAGAAGCUGAGGAACAUGGAGGUCAGAGUGACAGCCAGUGAGGCUGAGGCAAAGGAGCAGAGAAACACAGUGACCGAUCUUAGGGUGGAGCUGAUGCUCACCAAGAAUAAAGUUGAGGAAGUGGAGAAAGAUAAUGCAGACCUGACAGCUGGAUUGAGUGGCAGUAAGAGCCAGGUGGAGGAGCUGCAGACAAAGAAUACAGCCCAAGCUGCUGAACUAUCAACCAUUGGGGACAGAGUGACAGCCAGUGAGGCUGAGAAUGCAGCCCUGGAGACCAGACUGAGUACCUGUGAGAGCCAGGUGGAGGAGCUGAAGAGAGCAACUGCAGACAGGCCAAAGGUGGCCUUCUCUGCUGGUUUGACUGAUUCAGGAACUGUUGGACCCUUUGUUGCUGAAACCACACUGGUAUACACCAAAAUCUUCUCAAACAUUGGCAAGGCCUACAACCCAGCUACAGGUGUCUUCACAGCACCAGUGAGAGGAGUCUACUACAUCAGAUUCACUGCCAUGAGUGUCCAGACCUCGUCUUACUUUUAUGCAUACAUGUAUAAGAAUGGACAGAAAAUCAUGUACAGUCAGGGAUAUAAUGCUGGAGGUUAUGAGACACUGUCUAAUGGAGUCAGUCUGGAGCUAGAGGAGGGAGAUGUGGUGUACAUGCGCAUCCCUGCAAGCAACAGGCUCUAUGAUAACUCAAAUAAUCACAACAUCUUCAGUGGCUUCCUGCUCUUCACAGUGUGAGAACAUCGUGGAUGCUGUAAUGG